GGAACAUGGGAUGAUGAAUCUUCUCAGGCUGGUCACGGUGCACACGCCUGCUCGUCCUGCAGCGCCAAAAAAAGGCGCUUCGUACUCGUUCGUUGACCACCUUUACCAAUUCCCCACAUAAGCGAUACCAGGCUGAGUAAACUUCUGCCCGCUGCUGCUGUUGCUCCUCUGCCUCCUUCAUUCUCUUUUCUCUUGCGUGCGAACUAGCAAGACAACAUCCGGUCUCGCUCCACUCCUUUGCUCUCCUGCUGCGGUUACUUAUUUCUGACCGCUUCCGCUCAUUCUGUUCUCUGCUUCUUCUUUCCUCUGAGUUUGCCCCAGCACAUCUUGACCAUCCAGACCUGAGAGACUCAAGAAGACCACUGACAGCCAAAAGCCUCGACCAUGGGUUCCUACAAUCCCUUCCCUGCCUCUCCGCCCAUCUCACCGCCAAAUUGCUACCAGGGUGCGGCAGGCUUCUCGACUCCCCUGUUCCCGGCAAAGCCAAACAUCCUUUUCAUCAUGGCGGACCAACUGGCUGCCCCUCUGCUGAAGAUGCACAAUCCCAAGUCACUGAUCAAGACUCCCAACCUUGACAAACUAGCUGAGCGUUCGGUGGUGUUUGACUCUGCGUAUUGCAACAGCCCCCUGUGCGCACCCUCGCGCAUGUGCCUUAUCAGCGGCCAACUUCCUUCCAAGAUCGGCUCCUACGAUAACGCAUGCUCCAUCCCCUCCGAGACUCCCACGUACGCGCAUUACUUGCGUGCGGCAGGCUACGAAACAACUCUGGCAGGCAAGAUGCACUUCAUUGGAGAUCAGCUUCACGGCUAUGAAAACAGGUUGACUGCCGACAUAUAUCCUGGUGACUUUGGGUGGGCUGUUGAUUGGGACGAUCCAGAUCGCCGCUUGGAAUGGUACCACAACAGCAGCUCAAUUUUGCAGGCUGGUCCUUGCGUCAGGACCAACCAGCUUGACUAUGAUGAGGAGGUUCUGUACAAGUCUAAGCAGUAUCUGUAUGACUAUGCACGAGAACCCGCCAGCAAGCGACCUUUCGCGUUGACCGUCUCUUUCACCCACCCACAUGACCCCUACGCAAUUGAAGACAAGUACUGGGAUCUGUAUGAGGGCGUUGAUAUUGACCUGCCGAAUGUCUCCCUCAAGGAGGAAGAACAAGACCCCCACAGCAAGCGCCUCAUGCGUGUUUGCGAAAUUGAAGGGCAUGACUUCACCGACGAGCAGAUCAAGCGUGCUCGGCGUGCCUACUAUGGAGCGGUGAGCUAUGUUGAUGAUUGCAUCGGCCAGUUGCUUGAUGUGUUGAAGAAGUGUGGCUUGGAUGACAACACAGUGAUUAUGUUCUCGGGUGACCAUGGUGACAUGCUCGGUGAGAGGGGUCUCUGGUAUAAGAUGUCAUACUUCGAGAACUCUGUCCGAGUUCCCAUGCUUAUCUCUCAUCCUCAACAGUUCAAGCCACAUCGUGUCUCUCAAAACGUAUCAACCUUGGACUUGAUGCCGACUCUGGUCGAUCUCAUCGGUUCAAAGUUGAUCCCAGGGCUGCCUAUGGACGGUCUCUCCUUGUUACCACACCUUUACGGCAGUGAGGGGGGUCAUGACACCGUUUUUGCUGAGUAUAUGGGAGAAGGCACGGUGGCACCGCUGAUGAUGAUUCGAAGAGGUGAUUGGAAAUAUAUCACAUGUCCGAUUGACCCGCCUCAACUAUUCAACUUACGAGAUGAUCCACUGGAGCUGAAGAACCUUGCCGCGAGCGACGACACCCAAACACAGGCUGUAUUUAAGGCGUUCGAGAAUGAAGCCAAUGCCAAAUGGGACUUCAAGAAGAUCACCGAUGACGUUCUUACCUGCCAGCGUCAACGUCGAUUUGUCUGGUCUGCCUUGACCAAAGGUCGUUUUGAAAGUUGGGACUGGAAGGGUCAUGAAGAUGGACGGACCAAGUACAUCCGUUCUCAAAUUCCCCUCGACGAACUUGAACGACGAGCAAGGUACCCCAUGAUCAGUAAUCUCCCAGCCCAAAUCUCCAUCAACAAGAAAAAUGAGGUGGUGGUACAGCAAUCGAAGCACCUUGUGGAAAUUGCUAGCGAGCCGGUUCAUUACCGCUAGAUGCUUUUCCACCGCCGCUCGGAAGACUUUUCACGACUUAUGCUCAGAGAUGAGAUUAAACAGGAGUUUAUGGUUAUUCUAAUGAGUUUUACGAGCGCGGAGUUCCGGGAUGACGAACGCUGCUGAUGAUACGGACGGUUUGCUUGAUCUACUUUCUUUUUCAGUGGCUACUGCGUCAGCCCUAGGUGUUAUGUUGGUCAACAUUGUGUCGCGAGUAUAGCAUGGACCUGCCUUGGCUUGAAGGAGUUGAUGUUCCUCAUUUGUUGGCCGUUUUGCCAAAUGGGUUAAGUUUUGUAUCUCAGGUUUUUAUGACUAGGCGACCAGGCAUGGUAUGGCGAUAGUUGGCGAAUUAUGAGGAGGCUAUCUACAUAGAAACCACAAAACCAGAAAAAAAUAACAAAUGGACUUUUGUCCGCAAAAAA